AUGUUCUUGAUCAGACCAAGAGGUUGCGGGGAUGAAGUCACACCUUGCGGUACACAUUCCACGAUGGAGAUCACAUUGUUCUACCUUUCAAUCUACUUGAUCGCAUUGGGGAAUGGCGGUUACCAACCAAACAUUGCAACUUUUGGAGCUGAUCAGUUCGAUGAGGAGCAUCCUAAAGAAGGGUACUCAAAGAUCGCGUUCUUCAGCUACUUCUAUCUUGCUUUAAACCUCGGCUCGCUCUUUUCGAACACAAUCUUGGGUUACUUUGAAGAUGAAGGGAUGUGGGCACUCGGGUUUUGGGCGUCCACUGGCUCUGCCAUCUUGGCUUUGAUUCUUUUCCUCGUUGGAACUCCAAGAUACCGAAACUUCAAGCCAACGGGGAACCCUCUUUCGAGGUUUUGCCAAGUUUUGGUGGCUGCAACGAAGAAAUCAUCUAUGGAGGCGCCGCUGAGAGGGAGAGAGGAGAUGUAUGAUGAAGAUAGACAAGGGAAGAAUGCUUCAGGAGAUACAGGGAGGAGGAUAGUUCACACAGAUGAGUUCAAGUAUGUUUCCGAAAAACUGCUGCGGUUUUGA